CGAGGCUCCUCCGCUGCCACUCACACACACACACACACAGAAACACACUCACAGAAACUCUCACUCGUGGCGUUUCUGAAGAUGUCACUUCUUUUAACUCCUUAACCGCCUCCAGCCCCGGAGCCUUCUGACGCCUGAGCGGAUCCUGGCAUGGUUCCGGACAAUGGAAACGGACGACGUGUCGGUUCGGGAGCAACUUUUCCACAACCGAGUCCGGGAGACUAUCAUCUGUGUGCUCCUGUUUACAUGCCUCUACAUAUUAUCCUACCUCAUACUUACCCACUUCAAGAAGGCCGAGUCGGAGUUCGUCACAGAUGAUAUUGAAGAUGCCACCGUCAACAAAAUUGCGCUGUGGUUGUGUACCUUCACCCUGUCCGUCGCAGUGUGUGCCGUGCUCCUCCUCCCCAUCUCCAUUUUGUCCAACGAGGUGCUGCUCACCUUCCCACACAGCUACUACAUGCAAUGGCUCAACGGAUCUCUUAUCCACGGCCUCUGGAACCUAGUUUUCCUUUUCUCCAAUUUGUCCCUGUUCUUCCUCAUGCCCUUCGCCUACUUCUUCACGGAGUCUGAGGGAUUUGCGGGGUCCAAGAAGGCGGUAGUACAUCCUGCUGGGUCAAGCUGAACAUGGAUGCGAUGAAGAAGGAGCACCAAACAGUGCGGAUUAAGCGCAUCGCUCUGGAGAUGCGUAGGAGAGCGUCCCCAUGGCAGCGAAACCUUGGCUAUCCACUGGUCAUGCUUGGGCUCCUCGCACUGACGGUGAUGUGUGUGCUGAUGGUCUGUUUCAACGUGUUUGAGUUGCUCCUGUAUGAGACGGCCAUGCCCAGAGGAAUGGAGGACCCGCACCUGGGAAUGGCCUCCUUCUCUAUGUUCGGCUCGCUGGGCGCUGCAGUUCAAGUCGUCCUCAUCCUCUACCUAAUGGUUUCAUCAGUAGUUGGUUUCUAUAGUUCCCCUCUCUUCAUCAGCCUCCUGCCUCGUGCACAGGACACCAACCUCACCCAGAUAAUUGCAAACUGUGUUUCGCUGCUUAUCCUGAGCUCUGCACUGCCGGUCUUCUCACGCACACUUGGAAUCACCCGCUUCGAUCUACUGGGAGACUUUGGUCGCUACAACUGGCUGGGGAACUUCUACAUCGUCUUCCUGUACAACAUGAUGUUCGCUGGUCUCGCCUCGGCCUCCCUCAUCAAGACAGUCACCUGGGCAGUUCAGAGAGAGCUCAUCCGCGCCUUUGGUCUCCACAGGCUGCCUUCAACUGUGUCACGGUCCACCGUCCCCUUCAGACUCCUCCUGGCCAGUGGACUUUCUAAAAUCCAGUGACUGCCUUUCCUCAAAGAAACUGAGCCAACUUCAAAUGUGCAUUUGCGGUUCAGUCCCUUUGCCAGUUGGUUCGCAGAUCAGCUCGCCUCCUGUGAAGAUACCCGAGAGUUUCUGUCUGCGUCUGUCAAGUGGGAGCUCUGACUGUGACCAGUUUAUCAGGGUCCAUAGUUGUGCAGUUAGUUGACUGCAAUACAAGUGCUGGUACAAGUGCUUAGCAGAGUCGUGGUUAUGACUGGAACCAGGGAAAAAAGGAUUACAGCCAUUCUAGUAGUCCUGCUAUAGUGGAAAAAAAACAGAACAAUCCCCCGCGAACCCGACGCCUUACAGAAAGAGGAUUCAUUGCACAGCCGUUGCUCUUUUGACACAUAUGAAAGUCAGCAGAGUUAUUUUGAAAUAUUACAUUGUCGCUGUGACAUAAUUUCCUCUUCCUGCUUCAGGUCGAUUGAGUGUUCUCGCUUUCUUCGUGGCUUCCCCAUGCUUUCCUCUCUUGGGCUACACCACUAUUUUAGGAUCGGGAAUCUAACUCCAUGGGUUUCGUGGCUCAGUCUGAACAAGUGUUAUGUUAGUUAAUGAGAGGAAGUAGUAAUUGGGUCCAAGUAGGACACAGGGUACCUUGUCUAUCUGUGAUGCCACAGAUUACACAAGGGAAGAUACGAGAGUAAGGUCAUAGUCUGAAUGAUUGAGCUUUUUUACUAACUAGGUUAACUUGUAGAAUUAAGGACAUCUUUGAGGUGAUUUAUUAUUGAGCAGGGUUAUUAUGUUUUUCAAGCUGACAGGAAGCUUACUGAGUCUGAGGACCAGUAGUUUACAAAAACCCAAAAAAGAAAGCUUUACUUUGUCUUAUGCAAGAAAUCUGUCUGCGAUGUGACACUCACUAGGAGAAACUUAUGCCUUAGACCAAUCAAACUGUGAAUUAUUACAAAUAUGUGUGGGAAAGUGCAAUAUUUCAAAAGUAAAAAUCACACUUUAUCUUUACCUAAGGUGAAUUUUAUUUAAUUUUUUCUGUAUUCUUUCUGUGAAGUAUUUUAAAAAAAAUAUUAUUUCUCCUUGAACGCUGGGUGAAAGCUCAGAAUUGUCUCAGAGUAUUUUCGAAUCGUAAAUGUGACUGUCAAUCCAUUCAGUCCUCUGCUGGGUUUUUAAUUUAGAUUAUCUUUUAUCAGCUGUAUCUUAUCCACAAUGUGUUGAUGAUCUUCUCACCAUUUGCCGUCGCUGCUGUAUCAGCAGGUUAAUAGCAGAUGGUGUGACCAGCAGGGGACAGUGUAUCUCAAACCUCUCUGGUUAGUUAUGUAUUAUAUAUGGAGCACUCUGAGGUUUACUUAUGUCACUUUUUCCGGGAUUUUUCUUUUUGGUAUUUGGGAACACACAGUUUAUAAUGUGCUGUAUUUUUAUCUUUAUUUAUGGGCAUUUUGGGAUCAAUACUUCACAUGUUGACUUAUAACGCAUAGGAUUUUUAACCAGUGUUGAAAACUUUGAAUGUGAUACAGUUGAGACAAAAAGUCUUUAGAGUCAUUCUCAAAGAUGGAAAAAAAAAAUUCUGUGUUUACUUUUGAAAUGCUCUGAUGUUUCAGAUUUUCUUAAAACUGAAUUUUUAACCAUUGUUUUAUGAGGAGAAAGCAAUAAAAUGUCUUUGUUUUUA